CAGCAACAAAUAAAUAUCCAACUAUCGGAAACUGGAGCCACUGGUAGUGAGCCACAGCGAUACAGGAGCCGCAGACAUGGCACGCGACUUCCGCCAGCACUUCCAGCGGCCGCUGAAGUGUGGCGAGUGGCGAGCGCGGGCGACCACCGCCGGCGGGCAGUCGCAACAACACCCACGCGCUGCGCGGACACCGACAUGGAAGCACUUAUGUCAUUGCUGCUGUUGAUCAUCAGCGCGUGGUCACAAGGCGAGCCGCUCACCGAGGCGGUACAGCGCCGCAGAGACUCGUUCGGUGUUUACGCGAGCGAGUUCGCGCACGACUACGAGACGUUCGCUUUCGCUGCCAUCCCGUUGCACUCGCCGCUGCCCAUCCUGCAUAUCCUGUCCCCCACGCCGCUGAGGCUGCCGCUGUACAAGCACCCACGCCAUCCAACACUCAAGCCAGCGGACUCGACUCACCAGCACAUAUACGCCCCAUCCAUGAAUCACCUGCUAUACGCCACACCUUUCCCUGAGCGAGAGGAGAUCCAGACUACAGAGACGAUACUGUACGCGCGGCCCAACUCUAACGGAGGAUAUACGUACAGACGACGACCGGUCAAUAAACGGAACGCGUCAAAGAACAACACUUUGAAGGAGCCAGUGAUCAUUAGAGUACACAAGUACAGGAUUGUUAGAGACUGAUGAACUACUUGUAUAAGAUCGGUAUACCGUCGGUCGUUGUACGAUAUUUAUCACGGUGAAAAGGUUGUGAUGAAUUGGUAAUACAUUUCUCUGCAAUUUGAAUAGAAAUUGCAUUUGUUAUUCUGGGUACUAGUAGGUGGCGUUUCAGUAUUUUUUGUUUUACUUUAAAAUUGUAGAUACCUUAUGAAGGUAAAAAAAAUUAUCAAACCAACCAGGUGAUAGUUUUAUUGUUUGAGUUUAAAUUAAUUA